AUGGGACUGCCUGGUUCCUCCAUCUUGUACAUGCGGGCCCCGCUGGGACAGCUCAUACUGUUGAUCCGCCACGGCGAGUCCGAGGGCAACUGCGACAAGUCCGUGAACUGCUACACGCCGAACCACAAGAUCCCCUUGACGGCGGCAGGCCGGGAGCAGGCGUUUGCUGCCGGCGUCAAGCUCCACGACUACGUGCACGAGGGCGAGUCGGUCUGCUUCUUCACGUCGCCGUACCAGCGCACGAGGGAGACGCUGCAGGGGAUCCUCCGGGGCCUGGAGAGCGUCGACGCCGCCAACGGCGUCGUCAUCCACGAGGAGCCCCGCAUGCGGGAGCAGGACUUCGGCAACUUCCAAGGCACGCCGCAGGAGAUGAGGCAGAUCUGGCUGGAGCGGGCCAAGUACGGCCACUUCUUCUACCGAAUUCCGCACGGCGAGAGCGCCGCCGACGUCUACGACCGAUGCUCCUCUUUCAACGACACCCUUUUCCGCCAGUUCAAGAAGGACGCGUUCCCCGGCGUGCUUGUUCUCGUCACCCACGGAAUCUGGGCCCGCGUUUUUCUCCAGCGCUGGUUCCGCUGGAGCGUCGAGUACUUCGAGGACCUCCAGAACAUCCCGCACUGCCGCUGGAUCUGCCUCCACCAGCAGCCCCACCAUGCUCCCCAGCUGGAGGGCGAGUGCACCUACGUGCUCGAGACGCCCCUUGACCGCUGGUCCGACGCCCCUGGUGCCGCCGACCUGCUUGUGUACCCCUACGGCUGA